UUUCUUUCCAAUGUUUAGAAACAAGUGGAACGUUGUCGUUGGCGGACGUAUGUUGAGAGAAGAGAAAAAGUUUUCUACGUGAAGUGAGUUCAGUGAUACCGACUUAUUCGGUGCUAACACAUGGUUCGCCAGUCCGGCCACGGGAUGGAGACUACUUUCUAUGACGAGCAGUACCCUCUAAGCGGUCCGGUGGAUAAUUUGAAGAGGUCCCUAACAUUGGACCUGGAUUUCGGCAGAGGCGGCAAAAGGGCGAGAGGUGCUGCACCACCUCUUCUGUCCUCUCCAGACCUCCAACUACUCAAACUGGGAUCACCCGAGCUAGAAAAAAUCAUCAUGCAAAACGGUUUGAUCACAACGGCAACGCCUACACCUGGUGGGGCGGUUCUGUUCCCCGCCGUAGCGCCGACAGAGGAGCAAGAGAUGUACGCGAGGCCAUUCGUCGAGGCGCUGGACAAGUUACACCACAACGAGCCCGCGCCGCUCGGACGACGUGUUUACGUCGACUUGGACCGCCCGCUCGACCGCUUCCCGGCCUCGGUCAUCAAAGACGAACCUCAGACGGUGCCCAGCGCCGCCAGUUCCCCGCCUCUCUCCCCCAUCGACAUGGAUACCCAGGAGAGAAUAAAGUUAGAACGUAAGAGACAAAGAAACCGAGUAGCCGCGUCGAAAUGCAGACGGCGCAAGUUGGAACGUAUCUCAAAAUUAGAAGAAAAAGUGAAAUUGUUAAAAGGUGAAAACGCAGAGUUGGCGCAGAUGGUGGUGAAGCUAAAAGACCACGUCUCCCGGCUGAAGCAGCAGGUGCUGGAGCACGCGAACGGUGGCUGCCACAUCGACGCCCACUUUUGAGGGCUCACCGCCGCCGCUCCCCCACAUUCCAUGCUAGUCGCGCCCGCUCGGACGCAGCAUACAAAGCGUUUUGUGAUCUUAAUUUUACCGUGUAUUAUAUAGUUAACAAUUAGUGACUAAGUGAAGUUAUGAUAAGGAUGUGUUGUCAGAGCCCAAGUGAUUUCGGAACCUCCGGUUGAAUGCACAAAUUGAUCCUGCAUUUGGUGAAGGAUUUAUUACAGCUAGUCCGCAAGAUAUAGUCUCUACGUCGUAAGUUGCAGUUGUAGUUUUCCUUGUAUCAGUAUUGCGUUCUCUCAUUAUAUUAUUGUAGAAACUAGAAAGGAUAAUCGUGCAACGUCAUGCUGUAGACUGGACAGACUGAGGUUGACCGGUGUUGCCAGUUCUCACUUCUCGAGUCGUUUUCCCGUUUCAACAAUAUUUUAAAUACUCAUUUACACAUAAUCUAACUUGGCAAAUAUCAACAGAGACCACUGAUGUUUUCGAAAAAGGAAGUCUAAUAUUUUACAAUGUAACAUACAAGCGAGACAGAGAAGUAAAAAUACAAUAGAGCUGGCAACGUCGCAACACGCAAGUCACGAGCGGAUGUUCUGUUUAAUUAAAAUUCCGCCUGCGCCGCCCUCGCGGAAUGGCGGCCAUGUGUUCGGCUGUCGGACGUUCCGAAUCACGUUUUGUUGCACAAGGUUAACUUUUCAUCGCUGAAAGGCGCUUUAUGCCUGGUGGAUUAUGUUAUUUACAUGUAGCUUGUGUGAUAGACUGAUUAGACAGCAUGUGAGACUGCCUUGAGCGAAUGCGUUGUGCGAGGGAGUGUUUCUCAAUUAUUAUUUGUCUGAUUUGACCCGGUGCUCUUUUAAAGGUCUUGUAACGUGAGGCCGUCCGAUUUAAGUGUUACGGAUGAAUGUUAAGGCAAAAUGUAGUUGACGGAUGUUCAGCGAGAUCGUAUGCAAGAUGUAUUUAUUAGUGAGAAUGUUAUAACUAGGUUAAGGUAGCAAUCUCGAGUGCCUACGCUUUGUAAACUAAAGCCUUGUAAAGUUUUUAUUGUUUUUGUUACCAUUAGAUGAGCAGUACGAAUAUUAUGACGAUGCCGUUCUUUAAAAGCCUUAAUGCAG